AUGGAUGUGCACCCGCAGACGCACGACGUGUUCGAUAGAACCGUGGCUGGCGCCUCAGAGACAGCGGACAUCCAGAGAGCAGUGGUCAUUGCUCAUUUCGGUGGUGGUAGACUCGGAUCACCGACGGUGGCAGCUUGGUAUGGCCGCGGAGUUCUGCGGGAAAUGUUCGAACAUACCAUCGUCGAUCAAGACACUGGUGCUAUACGGUUCAAGAAGACGGAGGAGUGGAUCAACACAUACAAUGUUCGAGCGAUGGUGAAGGCUGUUAUGGAUCGCAUGGAUGAUGUCAAAACUUUGGGAGAUAAGAUGUCUGGUGCCACUCGAAAAUUAGUUACAAAGAUUGUGAAUGCUCUUAUAGCUCAACAACAGACAGGAGAGCUUCCUCCAGUUCCUCAACCAUUUCGGAUAGUGUCAAAAAAGGCUCAGUCACACGGUUCCCAACAACGACAACCACAAUGCAUGAACAAACGUAAAGCCAAUACAAAUAGCUACAAGAACUAUGAUGACAUACUUGAUGAUGAUGCGUAG